AUGCUAAGUUCGUACAUAUUUUACGUUGUCAUCUCACUCGUUACCGCCAUUUUUUUGUACUUCAAAUGGAAGCACAGCUACUGGAAACGAAAAAACGUGGAUUUCUUAGAGCCUGAAUUCUUCUUCGGCAACAUCGGAGAUGUGUUCAGAAACAAGCAGCACAGGACUAACUUGUUCGCAGGAUACUACCGGCAUUUUAAAUCUCGAGGACAAAAAUUCGGAGGAUUGUACGAAUUCCAACGACCGCAAUUGGUUCUAACGGAUUUGGAACUCAUCAGCAACGUUUUCCAAAAAGAUUUCUUGCACUUCGUGAACCGCGUGGGUUUCAUAAACGAAGAGACCGAUCCUUUGAGCGGAAACCUGUUCAAUUUAAAAGACGAAAAAUGGAAAAUCGUUAGAACCAUGCUGACACCGACAUUUACCUCAGGAAAAAUAAAAAUGAUGUUUGAAACCAUGGUCAAUUGCACUCAAGAUUUCGAAAAACUCCUAGAUAAGAGCCUGAACGAGCCGGUCAACAUUGGAGCGAAAUUAUUGUUAUUUACGACAGACAUUAUCGCAUCUGUGGCUUUCGGAGUGGACGCAAAGUGCAUGGAAAAUCCGAACAAUGAUUUCCGAAACAAAUUCGGUAACGUAUUAGAGACCUCAACGUGGAAACUAAUCAAGACGUUCGUUUUCAUGAGCGUUCCGAAAUGGAUAAUAACCCGCCUAAAUUUGCGGCUAUCCGAUAAAAGAAUGGAAGAUUUCUUUUCUAAAGUCGUUAAAGACCUCGUUGAAUAUAGAGAGAAAAACAAUGUCUACCGCAAGGAUUUUAUGCAUUUGUUGAUCCAAUUAAAAAAUAUGGGGGAGACGUUAGAUAACGAAAAACUCACUAAUACGACGACGAACAAAAAGCAUCUAACAAUCCAGGAAAUGACCGUACAAGCUAUUACGUUUUAUAUCGCUGGAUUUGAAACAGCUGCGUCGACUAUGUCCUUUGCUCUGUUGGAACUAGCCCUUCACCAGGACAUUCAAGAUCGCCUGAGGAAGGAAAUUCAUACUGUUCUCAAAAAAUACGAUGGGAAAAUCACGUAUGAGGGUAUUAUGGAAAUGGAGUAUUUAAAUAUGGUUCUUCAAGAAUCAAUGCGCAAGAAUACUGUAGGAGGAUUAAUAACGAGAAGUUGCACUAAGGCCUACAAAAUUCCUGGAACGGAUGUAAUCAUUGAACCGAAUACAGAGGUUCAGAUUCCUGCUACCGCUAUUCAUUGGGAUCCUGAAUAUUAUCCGGAACCAGAAAAAUUCGAUCCGGAACGAUUUUCGGCUAAAAAUAAAGCAAACAUCCCGAAUUGCGCUUAUAUACCGUUUGGGGAAGGUCCCAGAAUAUGUAUAGGUUUGAGGUUUGGAAAAAUAAAUACGUUACUUGGAAUAUGCUUCAUAAUAUCCAAAUAUAGAGUAACAUUAAACAAUAAGACUCGACUACCAAUUGAGUUAAUAGUAUCGAAAUUUGUUCACACUCCAAAAGGAGGAAUAUGGCUUAAUUUGGAAAAAUUAUGAAUUUAUUAUUUAUAUUUAAAUUUUAUUAGAUGUAAAUGAAUAAUUUGUGUUUUGAAAAAUCUAGCUAUCUUCUAAAUCUUAGUUUAAAUUUAGGCGAUAUACUCAAUUUUUUAAAAAAAAUUUAAAUAUAAUUUAAC